AUGAAGACUCGUGUACAAUUCAUCUUUUUGACCUUGUUGGUUUUCUUGGAGAUAUCAAGCGCAUGUACACACCCUAAGCAACUACAGGGUAUUUUAGCAGAUGCAAUAGCGACUAAAAAAAUGCAACCAGGCGCCAAAUUAGACUUACUAGAACUUGGAAUCCGUUAUUAUUACGACUCUGUACUGCAGAAGAUUCGUCUUGACGAAAAUAUCGAUGGAACCCGAAUUACAGUUAUUCAAGAUUAUAAACGGCACAAGUCUUACACUAUCAUCAAUGGUGAUAAAUGUACAAGCUCUAACUUAACACAACGCUUUCCAGAUUACCCACCACAAGAUAUAAAAUCACUCGGAACUUUUGAAUUUGGAGGAUCAAGGAAUAAAAUUCAAGUCGAUGGCUAUUCAUUCAUUUUUCAGGGCACAUCUGUUCAACUUUUCUUUAACUCAAAGAAUUGUAUUCCAGUAGCUGAAACUGCAUAUAUUCAAAUGCCGAAUCAAUUGUCUUUAUCAGCUAUUGCAUUUUCCAAUAUGACCGCAAGUAUCACAGAUCCUUCCGUAUUUAACCUACCUCCCGUAUGUUCCGAAUUCGCCACAACGACUCUUGAGAGGUUCGAUCCUAUCCACCAUGCUAGGUUAAGAUUUGCUGAAAGACAUGUACGCUUACACUAA